AUGGAGCCCUCGGAGAAGAAGAUCUCGGUGUGGAUCUGCCAGGAGGAGAAGCUGGUGUCCGGCCUCUCCCGCCGCACCACUUGCUCGGACGUGGUGCGGGUGUUGCUGGAGGACGGCUGCCGGCGGCGUCGGAGGCAGCGGCGGGGCCGGCGGCGGGGGGCGGCUGGAGAUUCCCCAGGUCCGGGGGAGCUGCCGGAACCCUCCGACGACGAGGAGGAGGAAGACGACGAGGUGUUCCCACAGGGGAUGUUGUGCGGACCCCCGCAGUGCUAUUGCAUCGUGGAGAAGUGGCGCGGCUUUGAGCGCAUUCUGCCCAACAAGACGCGCAUCUUGCGCCUCUGGGCUGCUUGGGGCGACGAACAAGAGAAUGUGCGCUUCGUGCUGGUGCGCAGCGAGGCGUCGCUGCCCAACGCGGGCCCCCGCAGCGCAGAGGCGCGUGUCGUGCUCAGCCGCGAGCGCCCCUGCUCGGCCCGAGGGGCCCUGGCGCGGCCCAAUCUGGCUAUGACCCAGGAGAAGCAGCGGCGCGUGGUGCGUAAGGCCUUCCGCAAGCUGGCCAAGCUCAAUCGGCGGCGCCAGCAGCAGCCGCCGUCUCCCUGUUCGUCCACUUCGUCUUCUACCGCCUCAUCCUGCUCGUCGUCGCCGCGGGGCCAGGAGAACGCGUCAGUGGAGCGCAUGGAGACGCUGGUGCAUCUGGUGCUCUCCCAGGACCACACCAUCCGCCAGCAGGUGCAGCGGCUCCGGGAGCUGGACCGCGAGAUUGACCGCUAUGAGGCCAAGGUGCACCUGGACCGCAUGCGGCGGCACGGGGUCAACUAUGUGCAAGACACUUACUUGGUGGGUGCAGACAUCGAGUUCGAGGAGCCCAGGGUGGGAGAGGAGCUGGAGGCGGCCGCGGCGGGGAGGGAGGCGGCGGCUGCGGCGCCCCUGGACGGCGAGGCUCAGGCGGCGGCGCUGGAGGAGCUGGCCCACCGUUGUGACGACUUGCUGCAGCUGCAGGAGCAGCGAGCCCAGCAGGAGGAGUUGCUCGAGCGCCUCUCAGCCGAGAUUCAGGAGGAGUUGAACCAGAGGUGGAUGCGGCGGCGCCAGGAGGAGCUGGCGGCGGGGGAGGAGCCCCCAGAGCCCGACUGCGGCCCCGACGGCGAGCUGCUGCUGGAGCAGGAGCGGGUCAGGACACAGCUCAGCACCAGCCUGUACAUUGGGCUCCGGCUCAACACGGACCUGGAGGCCAUUAAAUCAGACUUGGAUUACAGCCGGCAGCAGUGGGACAGCAAGGAGCGUGAGCUGCAGGGCCUUCUUCAGACUUUGCACACUUUGGAGCUAACAGUGGCGCCCGAUGGGUCUCCCGGCUCUGGCGGAUCCUCCCCGGAACCCCGGCCUCAGGCCUGUGCGGAGAUGUGGGUGGACCAGGCCCGCGGACUGGCCAAGAGCUGUCCUGGCAACGACGAGGACUCCGACACCGGCCUGAGUUCUAUGCACAGUCAGGACUCGGAUUCGGUGCCUGUGUGCGAAUCCCUUGUGUAG